GUGCAGAGGUUGAGAUCGUGUAAGCAUCUUUGAACCGCUCCGACAGGCUGUCCACAAGUGUGCAUCACUGCUCCACCCGUCAGGCCUCUGCCCUCAUCGCUUCAUCAGACGAAGAUCUCAUCCUACACCUCCAAAAUGUACAAGAUGUUCAUCGAAAACGUCCACCUGGACAGCAACGAGCGACUCUGUUCGGACCCGGCUGCCGACGCUAUUUUCCAGAUUCUCAGCGGCGCCCGUAAUUUCAAGUUGCUCAUGCAUGCACUAGAGAUAGGCCUGUUCGACGAGAUCGCUGUGUUUGGAGAACCCAUAACGGCAGAAACUGCCGCAAAGAAGUUCCAGUUCAACGCAGCCAGCUUCCGUCGCUUCUUGGACACUCUUGUCGCCAUGGGUCUUUUGAAGAAAGAAGUUUCCAUGAAAGGAAGAGAGCUAUAUUCCAACAGCAGUGGGACCAGCAAAUACCUGACGAGGUGCCGAAAACCCACGCUAAUUGCAGCAGCCUUGAUGGAGAGCAAUUUUGUCAUGCCCAUGUUAGACAUUUUGCCAUUAGCCCUCAAAACAGGGAGUUCUAGCAUUAAUGUCAUGGGGACCAAGAAGGGUGUGAACACGGACAAGAUGGAUAACGUCUCUAACAAACCGCCACAGAACACCCCACCAGAGAUGAACGAGCAGAAAUCGGCAGACAAGUUGAUGAAAUUCCUUUUGUGUAUGGAUGGGAUGGCCCAACCGUGUGCCCCAUCCCUUGUCAGAGCCUUUGAUCUCUCUGCCCAUAGGAAUGUUGUAGACUUAGGAGGUGGAUCAGGGUCAAUAGCACUGGAGUUGGCCAGAACUUACCCACAGACGAAUGUCACCAUCUACGAUUUGCCUCAUGUCAUUCAGAUGGCACAAAAAAUCCAGAGAGAUGUCCCUUCUCACGUGACAUUUCAAGGAGGAAAUUUUUUUGAAGAAGAUCUCCCCGAUGCUGAUUUGUACAUCUUUGCACAUGUCUUGCACGACUGGGAAGAAGAAAAAGUUGAUAUUUUGUUGGAAAAAGUUCACGACAAAUUACCCCCAGGCGGAAGUUUGCUGGUUCUGGAAAAAGUUUUAAAUGAAAGGCGGGAUGGGCCAUUGUUAACGGUCACUUCGGACCUCAUCAUGUCGCUGAUAAGCAAAGGAAAGGAGCGAACUGAGUCCGAAUACAGAAAACUCUUCUCAAAGCACGGUUUUUCCAACACGUGUGUGAAAACAAUAGAAGGUGUUAACUAUUACGAUGCAAUCCUCACGAAGAAACCAUUUUGUUAAGAUCUAGUCAUCCUCACCAGCCCAUAUGUGAUAUCAGUCAAGGGAGAGUACUCAAGCCAUCGGCCUGAGGGGGGAAGGCCGCCAUAUUGUGUAGGCUCUUGCAGAAUCUCAGGCCAGCCAAUAAGCUGGCCCUUUAUAAAAACAAAAAACGGCGAAAAACUUGAGAUUGAAAGCUAUGAAAAGACAACACUGUUGUGUGAUGUUUGUAGAGAGGCAACUUUCUCAGCUUCUAGAGAUAUAUCCUAGUUUUGUUGUGUUGUCCGACUCGCCUAUCUUCUCUGUGAUCACAUUAUUGUACCUCAGAAGGCUACACGUAGUUGUUUCACAUAAUCCACCUAAUACAUGACCCUUAUCCAGAAUCGCUCACCUCAUCGUCCACGUGGAAACGUCUCAUUUCUCUCUCUUGAUUUUUUAUUGUACUGGAACUGAAAACAUACAGUUACACAUAGCCAUAACAUUAUUAGCAUGCCCCAUACUUGUAGUUAAAGAUCUCAUUUUUAAAUUAAUUUUGUUUUAAUUGUUACGUGUUUUGUAUUUCCUGACGCAUAUAUGUUUGAUUUUAAAUAAAACAUUGUCAAUAAA